CACAUCUAUACAGGAACAAGGAACUAAAUAGUUUAAUGUUAGACGGUUAAAGAGCAAAAAUGUCUGAUGAUAUUUAUGACGAUGCCUUCGGGACAGAGACUGAAGGAAUGAAGAGAGAGAGAAUGGAGAUGACAGUGGUUAUCUAUGAGAGUGCAGAUCAUGUGAGAGAUCAUGACUUCAGGACAGAGACAAAGAUACAUCAACCACUUCAGCGUACAGGAAGUGAUUCAGAGAGGAUCAGAAGAUACAGAUCAGCUGUAGUGUGUUUGGUUCUGCUGUGUGUUCUUCUGCUGACUGCAGUCAUAGUGCUGUGUGUCUACAUCCAUACAAACAACACAAACUACACACAAGAGACACACCAGCUACUAACCAACAUCACCAACCUCACAGAAGAAAGAGACAAUCUACGAACCAACAUCACCAACCUCACAGAAGAAAGAGAUAAACAUGCAAAUCUGUUGAACAAGAGAGACCAGCUAAUAAAUCAGCUUCCAAUUCUUGGUAAAGACGAUGAAUGGAUUUACUAUCAAUUCAGUUUUUACUACAUGUCCAAUGAGACAAAGAGCUGGAAUGAUAGCAGAAGAUACUGUACAGAGAGAAGAGCAGAUCUGAUCAUCAUAAACAACAGAGAGGAACAAGAUUUUGUUAUGAAAAUUACUGAUAAAAGAGAAUUCUGGAUUGGUGUGACUGAUGUUGAUGAAGAGGGCAGAUGGAGAUGGGUUGAUGGCAGCACAAUGACCUCUGGGUUCUGGGCAUCCAUUGGAGAAAUAAAAGAGCCAAAAGGAGGACGUUUAGAGAACUGUGCUGUGACUUAUUUAAAAAAGAUCCCUGGUGUUUUAGGGUGGCAUGAUGUUAAAUGUAAUGAUGCUUAUCAAUGGAUCUGUGAGAAGAGUAUUUUACCUCUCAUACAGUCCUAGGAUUUUUUUAAAUGUUUUUUUUUUUUUUGGACGACCCAGGUUUAACAGUGCGAAACAUUCAUAACUAAUGAUUAUCAUUUAAAGCUGGGGUGUCCAUUUUUGCUCCUGAAUCGUCACAUUGUGUCUUUGAUUAUUUGUUUUAUGUUAUGAAAUAUUUAUUAUUAGAUUCCAGGCAGGCGUGUUGGAGCUGAAGUCUUUAGGAUGGUGAUUCUGCAGGAGCAGGACUGAACACUCCUGUUUGAAGAAAAAUAUUUAUUGCCAUCUUGCAUCUUAUUGACUGUGUUGAAAAUGGCCGCUGUAAAAUUGUUGUAGUGUUCAUCUUGUUGCCAGGAUGAUUGUUUUGUAAACUGGAAUGGAUUUAUAAGACAAUAUACAGAUAAGAUUUUAAAACAAUUUCAACUAAUUAUUAAUUGGGUGAAAAGCUGUUAAAGAAGUUGUAUGACUGUACAUUAUCUAUUAAAGGAAAUAAGCAAAAGCUUGUCUCAGAAAAUGGCAUGGCGUCACUAAAACUGGAUUGGACGGGAUCAUUUUAAGGCAGACCUGAACUUUAAGAAAUAUCCUGGGAUAUUUGCCUUUUGAAAGUAUUCAUUGCACUUAGGGGUGGGCGAUAUGGCAAAAAUAUCAUAUCACAAUUCUUUUUUCUAGGAAUAUCAUGAUUUCACGAUUUUAUUACGAUUCUUUGUCAUGUUGGUUUUACUAUUUUGUCUGAGCAGUGCAGCCUAAAUAAUUUCCCUAUUAUAAAGACAAAGCCUUUCAAGGUAACAUAAUAUAAAAAAGAAUGGUGGAUAUUUAGGCCAAAGUGGGCGAAGAUAAAAAUCUUUGUCAUUAUUUUAUCUUUGUUAUUAAAAUAAGAACAAAGAUACACAUUACAAAUACACAUACUAUACAAAUAAAACAAACAGUGCUUUAUUUUCAGGUACAAUAGGCGUAUUUAGCAGGAGCAUUCAAGAAAUUGAAUGAACAAAUAUAAAAAUAAAACACUUCCUAUUAAAGAAACUGUAUUAUUUUUUUUUUUUCUCUUUGCGUUUUGUUGCUUUAACAUUAAAUAAUACAAAAUCUGUCAUCUGUCUGUCAAUUCUGGUAUGGUGUUUUAUUUUUAUACCAUCAUUUACUCACUCAAAAUUAGUUUUAAACCUGAAUGAGUUUCUUCUGCUGAAAAUAAAUGCUAUUUUGAAGAACGUGGAAAACCAAACAGUUGCUGGUCCACAGUGACUUCCAUAGUAUUUUUUUCCUUCUAUCAAAUUCAAUGUGGACCAGCAACUGUUUGGUUACCCACGUUCUUCAAAAUAUCUUCUUUAGUGUUCAGCACAAGAAAGAAAUUAAUACAGGUUUGGGACAACAUUUGAGUGAGUAAAUAAUGACAGAAAUGUAAUUUUAGGGUGAACUAUCUCUUUAAUUACAGUCGGCAGCAUGUUUAGAUCUGUCCCUUUAAGACUUGCACGCAUCUAAUAUACAGGCACGCAUCCGUUUUUCUCUCAACUGUUUACUUUAAUUUUAGACAUAACCAACUGAGUCUAUAUGUAAACCUUGUGUUUUGACAGUAUUAGCGCAAAAGAUAACUUAGUUCAGUAAUCAGGCGCUGUUUAACAGGCUUUGUAGUGCGCACCCCAUACAAAAAUGUAAUAUAUGGCCAUAUAUGUACUUAUAUUUUAAAUAGCAUGACAUAUAUCUAUACAUAUAUUUGACUUAUCUGAGAACACAAUAUAUGCCUGCAACAUAUAUGAACAUUUAUGUCUCCAAACAUGUGAAGAAAAUAUUUGGUUUCAUCCAUAUAUGAUACCAUAUAACUGCAUAUAUUACAGAAUAGUAUUUGUUUCUCGCAUAUAUGGACAACAUUAAAUAUAAAUAUGUGACAUACAUAUUUGUUUUCCACAUAUUUAAUAAAUGUAUGUAAAUAUACAUGAUACUGAUGCAGUCUAUGGUUAAAACUA